UUGAACGAAAUCUCAGUUCUCGUUCUUUAUUAGUGUCCUUUCAUACGUGAAUGAAAAUUGAAAAACAAUAAUUACAGAUGAGAUGAAGGAGUGAAUGGAUACCAUUCUAAACAAAAAGCUGUCGAAAAGUAUGCUUGAUUUUCUUCGAUCUUUCCGGAGUAGUAUAGGAGUAUAGAAUCAUAAUGUUAUUUUCUGAAUUUUGCAAUGCGUGUGAAGAAAUUAGUUCAAGCAAAAGAAGUGACAAACAGGAGAGUCUUAGAAAGUUUCUAAGCAAAUGUAGGGAGAUUGUUUUGAAAGAUUCAAACUUCACUAUGUACUCUGUGAUGUGCCUUCUCCUUCCUCAUCUCGAUCGUUCAAGAGGAGCAUAUGGUAUUAAAGAGGCAUCUUUAGCAAAAUUAUACAUAAACAUAUUUAGUCUUCCAAAGGAUGGGGUGGAUGCGAUUAGAUUGCUAAAAUACAAAGUUACCAAGACAACCCAAAGAAUUGCCAAAGAUUUUUCUGAUGUCUGUUAUGACAUUCUAAAGGAUCGUUGUGGUUCAAGUAUUAGUUCUGGGACUAUUGCUGACAUCAAUCUGUUUUUGGACAAUUUGUCAAAGACAUCAUCAAAAAAGACAGAAAAUACAGAAAGAAUUCUCAAGCCAAUUUUGAUGAAGUUAUCUGCUCUAGAACAAAAGUGGCUAAUAAGAGUAAUUCUUAGGAAUGUUAAAUUGACUGGGAUGAGUGAAAAGGCUGUCCUAUCUACCUAUCAUCCAGAUGCUAAAGAAUUGUAUGAUGUAUCUAAUGACCUUGAGAAAGUCUGUGCAACAUUGAUCGACCCGUUAAAUAGAACUUCUGGAAUAGAAAUUUCGCUUUUUAAUCCAUUUCGUCCCAUGUUAGCGGAUAGACUUUCGAUAUCUAAAAUUCUUACGAAAAUGAAUAACAAGCCGUUCUACGUCGAAACAAAAUUAGAUGGAGAAAGGACUCAAAUUCAUAAACGAGGAAAAAGAUACGGUUUCUAUACUCGACGUGGAUUUGAUUACACGUCAAGCUAUGGAACUGAUCCCUCGACUGGAAACUUUACUCCGCGUCUACACGACUGUUUUCCCGAAUCUGUGACCAGUUGUAUUCUAGAUGGAGAGAUGGUGGCUUGGAAUGUUAACGGAUCCUUUAUCGUAUCUAAGGGUGCAAAUACUGAUGUCAAGUCAAUGUCUCCUACAGGAGAACUAGUUCCAUGUUUCGUCGCCUUUGAUAUUCUUCUACUGAAUGAUGAAGUCCUAUCCAAUCUACCAUAUAAGGAGCGAUUGAAAUUCUUAGAAUCGACAGUAAAGGUAAAAGAAAGCGUUCUUCAUUUUCCCAACCGUAAGCUAGUUUCUACCAAAGCGGAAGUGGAAAACUUGCUCAAUGAAGCAAUCGAUCAACGGGAAGAAGGAAUCGUUUUAAAAAGUCCAGAUUCAAUCUACAAACCGAAUGAACGUAAAGGAGGAUGGGUGAAAGUCAAGCCAGAAUAUGUAGGCGACAUGAUGGAUCAUUUAGAUGUGAUUAUUCUGGGUGGUUAUCACGGACAGGGAAGAAGAAGAAAUCUGAUUUCGAUGUUUUUGCUUGGCCUGGCUGUUCCGUCCAUUGAAGGGAACCAAUUGGAAUUUUCUUCGUUUGCCAGGGUAGGAUCGGGAUUUUCGGAUGAACAACUAAUGGGUUUGCUCGGAAAGCUGGAUCCCUAUUGGCAAAAGUGGGAUAAAAACGCUCCUCCGCCAAUGAUUCACUUUGGAAGAGAAAAACCGGAUGUAUGGAUCAAUCCGUCGUCAUCAGCAAUACUUGAGAUUAAAGCAUCGGAAAUUGUCUUAAGCAAUUCUUAUAAGGCUGGAAUGACUUUACGAUUUCCGAGAGUGCAGCGUAUUCGUGAAGACCGAGCUUGGGAUUCCUGUAUGACUCUAAGCGAAGUAAUCGAAAUGAGGAAAUAUGCUUCAGGGAAGCUUGCCACUCGACACUGUAGCUUUACAGAAGAUACACCUGCUAGCAAACGGAUUAAAUUAGCAGGCUUGACUGCAGUCGUUGCAGCUCCAUUCCAAUCAGCAGAUACAUCUGAUGUCAAAAAAUCAUCCAGUUGUUUUUCUAAAAAAGAGAUUUGCGUUUUGAAUGGCUCUGACUCUCUAACGAAACAGGAACUAGAACGAAAGGUAGUUUCGGGAGGCGGUACUGUUGUCCAGAAUCCAGGGCAUGUAACGUUUUGUAUCGUUGCUUUUAAAGAUGAUAUGCGGGUUAAAAGUCUCAAGAAUAGACCGAAAUGGGAUAUUGUUCGUCCACCAUGGUUACUUCGUUGCUUAAAUUUUGAUCGUCUUUUUCCUUUCCGGCCUGAAGACUUAAUGAUCGCCACCCGAGCCACGGAGGAAAAAAUGAUGCAAAACUAUGAUAAAUUUGGCAAUAGCUUGAGAGAACCUACUUCAGUUGAAGAUGUUGCUUUAAUCCUUCAGCGUGUCCAAGAUUUGGAACAUCCAACGCCAUUAAGCAUGUAUGAAAUUGCAAAUCUGGAGUAUGAUAUAUUUGGACAACUACCUAAAUAUGGUGUAUUUCGAACUUGCGUCGUUUACGUCGAUUUAUUUGAGACUAUAUCUGAUCCGAACAGUCAAGUGAUUUCUCGAGAGCUAGAAAUAAUUUCUUUUGAUCUUCGUAUCUAUGGUGCCCAAGUUUUGAAUCGCAUGGACUCAUCUGUCACUCACGUAGUAUGCGAUCCGGUUUCAUAUCCUCACCGCGCGAUUGACUGGAAAACAACCAACCAUCAGCGGGAAGUCAAGUUCAAAUUGGUCCGAUUAGAGUGGGUCGAACAUUCCAUAAAUAAAGGAAGUUUAGUUGAUGAAAUGCAAUAUUAUCCUUGAUCGAUCUUAUCCCAUUCAUGUUUCUGUGUUGUCUUUGUUUCAAGUCAAUUGUUUGUCAAGGAAUGCCAUUACAUUUUUUCUUCUAUUUAA